AUGGACGAGUUCAAGGCAGUGACGGCGUGCUACGAUGAUGCUGUAGUGGAGCGGUACCUGGAGUUGUCCGGGGGUGACGCUGAGCGUGCGAUUGGGCUGUAUUUUGAGACGCAGGGACAGUUGGGUGGCGUGGGGGAACCAUCGGAGGAACAUCUGGAGACCCCCGUUGAAGAAGAGGUGAGGCCGCCGAUGGAGGGUACGAGGGGUCCCCUCGUAGAUAUGAGUGGGCCCUUUGGACACGUGGAGCGGGUUACCGGCCCCCUGCAUGACACGUCGCGGCCCACUGGGGUUUUCAACCAGGCGGCCCAGGAGGACGCUGAGUCGAUGGAGGACCGGGACGGCGACUCUAGUGAGUACGAGUACGUCGAGGAGACCGUUGUCGAUAUGGGCGAUGACGGCCCGGUAAGAGAGUACACUAAGAUGGUGCGGCGGCCGCGUCAGUUCACGAAGGAGCAGCGGCUCGCGCGGCUGUUCCGCCCGCCCUUCAGUAUCAUCACCACAUGCGGGCUCGAGGAGGCCCGGUCAAUUGCACAACGAGAGGGCAAGUGGGUCAUGCUGAACGUCCAGGAUAACGCUAUAUUCCAGUGUCAAGUGGUCAACAGGGACCUGUGGUCCUCACCACGGCUGAAGGCACUCAUCAGGGACAAGUUUGUGUUCCUACAGUACCUCGUACGGUCGCCGCAGGCGGAACCGUACUUGAACUUCUACGGGGUGGGGGACCUCGAGCACGACCUACCGCACGUGGCGAUCCUGGACCCGGUCACGGGCGAGCGUGUUAAGAAGUGGGAUAACAUUACGCCGGACCCUGACAGACUCGUCCAGGAACUGGAACAGUUCCUCGAACAGUUCUCUCUCGACCCGGCAGCGGUCAACCCGACAGUAGACCACCCGGUACCGAAACUGGACCCGGCAACGCUCACAGAGGAGCAACAGAUGGAACUAGCAAUAAGAGAGUCCCUGGGGCCCGCAGCUACUAGCCCCAGUCCCGUCACGGAGGAACCCGCAGUGACCAGCAUCUCACCAGAAGCUCACGAGGAACCGGCGCCGGGACCGAACACAACAAGAAUACAGAUCCGCACGGGGGACGGCCGCCGCAUCGUGCACCGGUUCAAUACAGACAGGGAUACGGUGCGUACUGUGUACGCUCUGGUUAAGCACGAGUGGGAGGACUGUCGCAGCGUGCCCUUCACGCUGCGCGGUCCGCAACGCAACAACCUCGAGACACUGCUGGACUGCACCAUCGGCGAGGCACACCUCGCCAACAGCCUCCCUCCAACUCGAACUGGAGUCCCAGUGACCAACUACGUACCAACUACGUACUCUCUAUAG